GCUCCGGCUCUUCCUUUCAUCUUCCCCAUGGCAGACGUUUCUAUUUAUCCACUGGCAAUCAAUGUGUGGCGUCACCGGUGGUACUGUAAUGACGACUGCACCAUUGAGGAUGACAGCUUAGAAAGAAGAGGGCAAUGGUGAUCCCUCCCAGAGCAGCACAGCAGAGUGUAGCGCUCGCAUCACAAGGUCACCCUAUCUCACCGCUUGCUCCUCUGCAUUGCAAAGUCACAAUGGAAACCAGGAAGGAGAUGGUGAUGUUUCUGGAAGGGACACAACUUGGCGCUCUAGUUGGCAAGAGGGUGCCUAAUUUGUCCGAAGCAGUGGGGAGCCCCGCUGCGGAGCCGCCGGAGAAGAUGAUCCAUCGGAACUGCCUCAGCCCCAGACCUGGCCCCUUGUCGUCCCGGGAGAGAGGAGGAGGAGGAGGAGGUGGCGAAGGAGAAGACGAAGAGGAGGUGGAGGUGCUGCCAGGGACAGGGACGGUGCCGGAGAGCCGCUCGGCGGCGGCAGCACUGCUUUCGGCCGGACAGCAGCCCCCCGUCCCGGAGCCCCCCACCAGCAAAGGGCAGCAGAGCAGCUCGGACACCGAGUCGGAUUUCUAUGAGGAAAUCGAGGUGAGCUGCACCCCGGACUGCGCCACGGGGAGCGCCGAGUACCAGCACAGCAAAGGGCCGUGCUCCGAGGCGCUGGCCGGCAGCCCCAGCGGCGGGGGGGAUCACCCCAAGGGCAGCGGAGGCAGCGGCGGCUCCCAGGGCUCGCUGGUCUGCAGCGCCAGCGACCAGAUGCGCCGCUACCGCACCGCCUUCACCCGCGAGCAGAUCGCCCGGCUGGAGAAGGAGUUUUACCGGGAGAACUACGUGUCCAGGCCCCGGAGAUGUGAACUGGCGGCUGCUCUAAAUCUGCCAGAAACCACCAUCAAGGUUUGGUUCCAGAACCGCAGGAUGAAGGACAAGCGGCAGCGCCUGGCCAUGACCUGGCCUCACCCGGCCGACCCGGCGUUCUAUACGUACAUGAUGAGCCACGCGGCGGCCACCGGCAACCUGCCCUACCCCUUCCCCUCCCACCUGCCCCUGCCCUACUACUCCCACAUGGGCAUCGGCGCCACGUCGGCCUCUGCCGCCGCCCCCUUCAGCACCCCCCUGAGGCCGCUGGACACCUUCAGGGUCCUCUCCCACCCCUACCCGAGACCAGAACUGCUGUGCGCCUUCAGGCAUCCCUCUCUCUACCCCGCCCCGACUCAUGGACUCAGCAGCGCCGGGGGCAACCCCUGCUCCUGCCUGGCUUGCCACAGCGGCCAGUCCAACGGGCUGGCGCAGAGACCCUCCGGAUCAGACUUUACCUGUUCGGCCACAACCAGGACUGACUCUUUCCUCACUUUCACGCCCUCUGUGCUGAGCAAAGCCACCUCAGUUUCCAUGGACCAGCGGGAAGAAGUACCUUUAACGAGAUAA